GGUGGAUUGUUAUGCAAAUUUUUUUCUACAACCACGAUGCAGAUGAUGUGAACUCCUCCUGUCUGUGAAUGCUCUAAAUGGAUAUUAACCCCCUAAAAUUGCCUUAUAGGCAAGAAACCCAAGGGGAUAUUUGUCCCAAAGCGAAAGUUUAGGGGUUUUAAUUGCAAAUAAAAGUUUAUGGGUGAUUGUCGGGGUCUUCCGGUCUUUGUAAUUUACCUAAAAAAACAAAAGAAAAGACCCUUUGCUCUCUUCUCCGGCUGUCAGACUGUGGUUACUAGUGCAUAGAGAAGCAUAUCAGUUUAUUGGUGGUUCGUUUUGAAGACAUGGUGCUACAGUUGGAGUUGGGCUAUUACGAAUUUUGACACUCUUCUGAUCUUCUCUCAUCCCUUCGGUUAAUAGGAGGCAUUGCAGACGGGAAUAUUGUUGAGACGAGUAACUAGUACUCAAUUUGCUUGCUUCUCUUGCAAAUAGUUGCUGUUUAUGGCAUCGAUAUUGGAUCACCAAGCCUCCAUCAUUGAUGGAAAGGCCAUUGCUCAGACGAUCCGAUCUGAAAUUGCUGCUGAAGUUUGCACUCUCUCUGAGAAAUAUGGCAAAGUUCCGGGGUUAGCUGUUGUCAUUGUUGGCACCAGGAAGGAUUCUCAAAGCUAUGUAUCUAUGAAGAGGAAAGCAUGUGCUGAAGUUGGGAUUAAGUCUUUUGAUGUAGAUCUGCCAGAGCAAGUAUCUGAAGCAGAUUUGGUUGAGAAAGUCCAUGAGUUAAAUGCAAAUCCUGAUGUUCAUGGAAUUUUGGUACAGCUGCCACUACCAAAGCAUAUAAAUGAAGAGAAUGUCUUAAGUGAAAUUAGCAUUGAGAAGGAUGUUGAUGGGUUUCAUCCACUGAACAUUGGCAAGCUUGCAAUGAAAGGGAGAGAACCCCUGUUUCAGCCUUGCACCCCAAAGGGAUGUCUUGAGCUUCUACACCGCAGUGGUAUCAGUAUAAAGGGAAAGAGAGCAGUGGUGGUAGGUAGAAGCAACAUAGUUGGGUUGCCAGUUUCACUGCUACUUAUGAAAGCAGAUGCAACUGUUACUAUUGUUCACUCACAUACCCAUAAUCCUGAAAGCAUCAUUCGUGAAGCAGACAUUGUUAUUGCUGCAGCAGGACAAGCAAUGAUGAUCAAGGGUGAUUGGAUUAAACCUGGUGCGGCAGUUAUUGAUGUGGGGACAAACGCUGUUGAUGACCCAACUAAGAAAUCAGGAUAUAGGCUGGUCGGCGAUGUGGACUUCCAAGAAGCAUGCAAGGUAGCUGGAUGGGUGACUCCAGUUCCAGGAGGUGUCGGUCCAAUGACUGUUGCUAUGCUACUUAAGAAUACCCUGGAUGGUGCUAAGCGUAAGAUAGAACAGUAAAUUGUUCUCUUCCGUGGUCAUUUCACAAUACAAUGUUAUACAAUCUAAAUCUUAUUUUUUGUAUUAAGCAUUCCACUUUUAUACUUUGUGCAAUAAAACGAAUAAAUUCUUUUAUGGUGCAA